CGGGGCCGCAGCCACAUUACAUGGGUCAUGAGGACUAAGGAGAACUAACAGAGUUGACAAGAGUGUGUGACUGCUUGUCAGAUUGAUUGAUAAAAAGGCGGUGUACCCUACCCGCACUAAGUGGGGAAUCGACACGAGAGAAAGAGCUUCAACUACACUAACUGGGGAGCUCCUCUUAUGACUAUUGUGGGGCUGCUCAGGGCAAAUUACACCAACAGACACCUUUGACGACGACAAAAUACGACAUACUUGCAAUUGAAUCGAGAAAACUAUCAGUUCUGAGGUACGUGGUAAUAGCAUUGGGAAACAAAGUUUUUAAUUUUUAUUCGACGAUCCAGGUUAACAUUGACGUCCAGGUUUGAGACACCCGACGUCAUGCACGACAUUGUCCAUCUGCCCAAUGGGCAUACUCUGACUGUCACACCCGUCUUUGGUGGCUUCUUUUUCCGAGCCAAUGCUUUGAAGACGCAUCAUUCCGUCUUUCCGCCCGGCUGGACGCUCAAUUUGAGUACCGAGGCAGAAUCUACUGAAGGGGAAGCAGCAGGCGCAAAUGGAGCUGCCGACGACAAGCAAAAUCACCGUUUCACGAAGCCGACUCUUCGCAAUGACAGCAUCUUCAUCUCCUCCAUCUCCAGUCCCAGUAGCAGGGAUUUCCGCCCAGCGACAUCCCCGACGCGUGAGAUUGCCAUGAUGCUCUGGGCCUCGCUCUACUGGUACUUUCACCAGCCCGAACCGGACACACAUAUGACAACGUCCACAUCGGCCAAGACUCCCGGGGCUGGCAAGCCCAAGGGCGACUGGCGCGUUCAAGUCAAGCGCCAGGGAAUCCUAAAGGGACGCAACCUGCUCCAAAAGCUCGAGCGCAUGGGUCUUGUCUCCAGCGAGGACACGAGCGUUGGCGUUGAGCUCGAUGAAAAGCACAGCGAAGCGUGGAAUGACAUGUUCACUUCCCGCCGCACCUUCUGGCAACUCGACCCUCGGAUUUUCCUCUUCACCCUCCCUCCCCGCGGGCCAGCCCCAUCAUCCUCGCCGUUUUCUUCAUCUGGCACCGUAACUCCCGCCAGUGAGCAGCCUACCUCGCCGACCGCACAAGGAGGCCAGAUUUCCCGCGCGGAUCUGCACGCCGAGCGCGUCUCGCAGGGCCUCUGGUCACCUUGGCCUCCUGGUCCCGGACCUUUUGCAUCCGGCAGCCAUUUACCAACCUACUACCCGCCUCCGCCAUUGCAAUUCACCUUUUCCAACGGCGUCCAGCACCCGGUCCGCCCUAAACCUCCGCGACAAGGCGAAACGUUCUACACCCGCUACGUUCCCAGCUUGGGCCAAUGUCUCUCUUUCCGCGUCGCGUCAUUGCCGGCCAAGGGCGCCAAGCCCUUUCACUGCGGCGGAACCGGAGGUGUACCCGACGCCGACGCCAGCAACAACGGCUCAACCAUUGGCACGCAGGCGAACCCGUACAUCUCCACCCCCACCGGCCCCGUGUCAGAUGUCGACUUGCUGCAUAAAUGGAUGAACGACCCGCGUGUCGCGCAUUUCUGGGGCGAGCAGGGCCCGAUUGAGCACCAGGAGGAAUUCCUCCGAAACAAUCUCAAGAGCCGUCAUAGCUUCCCCGUGAUUGGAUGCUGGGACGGCAAGCCCUUUGGAUAUUUUGAAAUCUACUGGGUCAAAGAGGACCGUCUAGGCCGGUACCUCGGCGACGGUGCGGAUUAUUGGGAUCGCGGAUUCCACUGUCUGAUUGGCGAGAAUGAAUUCCGUGGACCGCACCGUGUUCAAGUCUGGUUGUCGGCUCUCGUGCAUCAUUGCUUGGUGGCCGAUCAGCGGACCCAGACUGUUAUGUUAGAGCCCAGAGUUGAUAAUCAAAAGUAAGGGUUUUUCCUGUUUCCUCGUUUCCCCUACAAUCUCAUCCAAGCUGUCCCAUUCCGACGUUCUGCCCCAAUCUUAUUUCACAUUUUACAAGGCAAAGCAGCUAAUGGACCGCAGACUCAUCAAUUACCUCCAAGACGUCGGC